AUGACGAAGCACGAGCUCUCAACAGCGGCCAGUUGCUGGAUGCUGGAGGAGGGAGCCACAGCCGUCGUUGCCGUCGCUGGAGUCGCCGCUGUCGCUGCUGGUAGCCGAAUCUGGCUCAGAUCGAAAAUGGCUGGCCUUGUGGCUCAUUCUAUUGCUUCUUACAUCAUUCCAGGAAAAGGAAAAGGUAAGGCUGAAGGAGGAGGUGAUGCUUUUGUUAGUGAAGGAUUUUCGUGUUGGAAAAGUAAAGACAGGCUUAAUAUUCAUGUUGGGGAUCAUGAUAGUUCACACAAUAAAGCUCGCAUCAAGUGUGAGGCUUUGAUGAAUCAAGAGCAACACAUUCAGCCAGCUUUCUUCAAGCAGUCAAAACAACUAGCUCUUGUAGCUGUGACAAAGAAGAAUACUUUAAUUUCUAACUUUUUUCGCUUAGUUGCUGACGUGGUCAAUAUUGUUGGAAUAUCUUCUAAACGUUGUGAUCAUCUUCAAGAGAAACAAGAAGAUAUAUGGUGCGAAAGCAUUGGAGAAUGCUUGCUUGCCAUAUUCUCAGCUGUUAUUGAUGUACUUGAAAUGAUUAGUGUUGAUGGAUCAAAUUCUGAUAAAAAAGGUGAAGCAUACAAUUUGUUGGAGUCAAUACAAUCAUUUGAUUUUGCAUUUAAUCUACACUUGAUGAGAACUGUUUUGGCAAUGACAAAUGAAUUAUCAAAGGCAUUACAGAGAAAAGAUCAAGAUAUUGUAAAUGCAAUGGAAUUGAUGAAACUAUGCAAACAACGACUUCAGUCUUUCAGAGAUGAUGGGUGGGAUUCGUUUUUACAACAAGUCUAUUCUUUUUGUCAGGUGCACUACAUUGAUGUUACAAAUAUUGAUGAUAUGUUUAUAUGUCGUGCACCUCAUGGUCGCCCACAACGUCAAUCUUUAGAAAUGACAUAUUUGCAUCAUUUCCAUGCAGAUUUAUUCUAUGUUGUCAUUAAUAUGCAACUUCAAGAGUUGAAUGAUCAUUUUUCAGAGGCAAAUACCUAG